ACUUUUACAUCAAAGUAAACAAGCAUUAUCAUAUGCGCUUUAUUUUACAAGGACAAAUAACUGCGAUUAAAUUUUAGAGUAAAUAAAUAACUGUGUUAAAAUCAGGGGAGCAGUGAUUUUUGAAAUCGGAAAUUAUAAGUUCAAUUUAAACUUUUUAUACUCAUUUAAAACACAACUACCAGAUUAAAGAUAAAAUAAAACGCGACAAACAUAAAAUAAAUUCGGGUCGGAUAUUGGUUUUGAAUCGGAAGAUGAAAGAAAAAGAAAUAAUUAAGACGAAUGUUUUACACUGCCCCGUGCAAGUUAUAAACGGGGAAUUUAAUUCCCUACCACUUUCAGUCAAAUGUUUUGUUCUUUCUAAAAUUCAGUUGUGUCAACCUGAUAAUCUGCACAUUUGCGAUGGAUCUGAUGUUGAGGCAAAAAAAUUUGCAGAGCAAUUAGUUAAGAGUGGAACAGCAAUUGAGUUGCGAAAACAUAUUAACAGCUAUGCUGUUAGAACAAAUCCAUUAGACGUGGCACGAGUGGAAUCUAAAACAGUCAUUUGCACAGAAAAUAAAAAUGAAACUAUUCCGACAACUAAAAACGGAGUCCAGGGUCAAGUGGGCUAUUGGGCAAGCAUCGAAGAAACUGAUUCUAAACUGAUGGACUUGUUUAAUGGUUGUAUGAAAGGUCGAACAAUGUAUGUUAUUCCAUUCAGUAUGGGUCCAAUUGGGUCACCGCUUUCGAAAAUUGGAAUACAGAUAACUGACUCAGCAUAUGUUUCUCUUUCCAUGCGCAUAAUGACGCGAAUGGGAGAAGAAGUGUUAACGGCUCUUAAAGAUGGAGAAUUUAUAAGAUGUUCACACUCCGUUGGGAAACCACUUCCGUCUACGCCAGACCCGUAUAACUGGCCGUGUAAUCCAGAAAACACAAUAAUUGCACAUUUUCCUGUUCGACGUGAAAUUGUAUCUUUUGGAUCAGGGUAUGGUGGUAACUCUUUGCUAGGCAAAAAAUGUCUUGCGUUACGAAUAGCUUCAUGCAUUGGAAGAGAUGAAGGAUGGUUAGCUGAGCACAUGUUGAUUUUGGGUCUCACGAAUCCAUCUGGGGAAAAAAUUUAUAUUGCCGCAGCAUUCCCUAGUGCUUGUGGGAAAACUAAUUUAGCCAUGAUUACCCCAACUAUUCCUGGAUGGAAGGCUGAGUGUGUUGGAGACGAUAUUGCAUGGAUGAAAUUUGAUAAAAAUGGUCAGUUAAGAGCUAUUAAUCCUGAGAAUGGAUUUUUUGGUGUCGCUCCUGGAACGUCAUCUGAAAAUAACCCUGAAGCAAUGCAUUGUUGCAGAAAAGAUACUAUUUUCACAAAUGUCGCAACAACAAGCGAUGGAACAUUUUAUUGGGAAGGCCUAGAGAAAGAAAGAGAUUUGAAUAAUAUAGAAGUGACAGAUUGGCUUAAUAAAACUUGGAGUGCACAAAGUAAUAGCAAAGCAGCUCACCCAAAUUCUCGAUUUUGCUGCCCUGCAAGAAACUGCAAGAUUAUGGAUCCUAAAUGGGAAGAUCCAGAAGGAGUACCAAUAUCAGCUAUUUUAUUUGGAGGACGACGCCCGGAGGGCGUACCGUUAGUUUAUGAGGCGUUUGAUUGGAAACACGGGGUAUUUAUUGCAAGCUCAUUGUGUUCUGAAACAACAGCUGCUGCAGAGUAUACUGGUAAAAAGAUAAUGCGAGAUCCUUUUGCAAUGAGGCCAUUUUUUGGUUAUAAUGCUGCUCAUUACUUCCAACACUGGUUAAACAUGGAAAGACAAGAUCACACCCUUCCAAAAAUAUUCCACGUUAAUUGGUUCAGAAAAGAUUCUAAUGGAAAGUUUUUGUGGCCUGGAUUUGGUGAGAAUUGUCGUGUGCUAAAAUGGAUUAUGGAGCGUGUCACUGGAAAAGUCAAUGCAGUUGUUUCGCCGGUCGGUUUACUUCCUGAUAUAGGAGGACUUGACUUAAGCGGACUAAGUGAAAAAAUUAAUAUUGACGAAUUAAUGUCGGUUCCAACCUCUUACUGGAACAAUCAACUUGAUGAUCUUGAAAAAUACUUUAGUGAACAAUUUGGAAGUGACCUUCCUAAUGAAUUAUGGGAUCAGUUAAAAAGUUUUAGAGAAAGAUUAAGUAAUUUGAACAUUUAAUUAGAAUCCAAUAUGCCAUCUUUUAAAUUUGUUUUUGAGCCAGAACCUUUACUCAAUUUCAAUAUAUUAGGUGAAGCAAAAGUAUAGCGUCACUUUUGUUUAUUGCUGUUUUAUGAUUUAUUAUUAAAUUUGUGUUAAUUACAUAAAGGUAUAUCCUUAAGCAUUGCGUUGCGAUUAUUGCAAAAUUGUAUAAAUUUUGUUUUAUUUUUUAUUUUAUAAAGAUAGAUUAUAUUGUUAAUAACUGUGAAUAUGUUUAAAAGUUUUUUUUAUAAGAAAAAUACUCAUUAGUAUUACAAGAAAAAAAUAUAUAUGAAUAAUAA